ACACUUAAAUUAUUUUUAAAAUGACUUUAGAACAAAAUAAAAAAACCGCGGCUAAUUGGGAUUACAAAUAUGUGGAAGUACAAAAUAAAGACGAAGAAUUGGAUAAAAGCGAUCCAAAACCAAAUUACACCCAAGAAUUCAUUUCGACACUGAUUGUUGGACUUGUAAUGAUUAAUUCUGGAAUUAAUUUCACAUGGAUUGGUCCAAUUUUACCACAAUUAUUGUCUGGAAAUUUUAAAAUACAAAUAACAAUGGAACAGUCCGUUUGGAUCAUUGGUUUAGUAAAUAUUGGAGCUAUUCCAGGGUGUUUGGUGGCUUCAAUGGUAUCAAAUAAAUAUGGCAGAAAAAAGGCAAUUAUUAUGUCAGCAAUACCAUUUAUUAUCUCAGCAUUAAUUGAUAUUUUCGCUGAGUCAGUGCUACAUUAUUAUAUAGCGCGAUUUAUGGGAGGUUACGGUAUUGGUGUUAGUUUUGCAGUGGUGCCAAUGUACAUUAGUGAAAUUUCUUCCCCAAAUAUUCGUGGAAUUUUAUCUGUUUCAAUUUAUAUGGCCAUGAGUAUGGGAACUUUAUUUGUUUUUGUUUUCGGUGCGUAUUUACCAAUUGUUACGUAUUGCGCUGUUUUGACAAUUUUUCCCAUAAUUCAGUUAGUUUUCACAUUUUACUUGUCAGAAACUCCAUACUUUCAUAUGAUUAAAAACAAUUAUAAUGAAGCAGAAAAUGCUUUAAAAUUUCUUAGAAAAAAAUCUAACGUUCAAGAUGAAUUAAAUCGCUUAAUUGAAGGUUAUAAAGAUCAAACUGCGGAAGGGAAACCUUCAGUUUGGGAUCUGUUUACAGAUAGUACAAAUCUUAAGUCAGUAUUUAUAGUUACUGUACUUCUAAUGGGGCAAAUGUGGACUGGAGCCAGAGCAAUUUUUGAAUAUUCACAAGUGCUUUUUGAAGAUGGACAUUCAAGUAUUUCUGCCGAAAAAUGUGGCAUAAUUGUGGCUGUGAUGAAUUUCGCUGUAAUUUUUCUCUCUGGAUGGUUAGUUGAUCGAUUUGGACGACGUAAGCUCAUAAUGGCUUCUGGUAUAAUUACGUUUUUACCCUUAGCUGUGCUAGGUGGCUAUUUUUAUUUACAAGACUAUACAAAUUUUGAGCAUAUGGAAAAACUUCGAUUAAUACCGUUAAUUGGAAUUGUAUUUUUCAAAUUUUCAUUUGGAAUUGGUCUACAUGGAAUGGCAUACGUACUCACGGGGGAAUUAUUUCCAACAAGUGUUAAAGCUUAUGCAACAUCUGUGAUUUCAAUAAUUGGAUCAGCUAUCGCAGUGGCAGCUAAUAAAAUGUAUCAAGUUGUUCUUACUAAAUUCGAUUAUCCAGGUGUUUUUGUGAUGUUUAUAAUGUGGUUAAUUUUAGUAUUAAUAUUUGCUUAUUUUGUUGUACCAGAAACUAAAGGAUUAACAUUGGAGGAAAUUCAAGUGAAAUUAAGAAAAUUGAAUAAAAAGUAAAAAUAAAAUUGACCAGGGGCGGUUGAAAAUAGGCGAUUCAGACAAGAUGUACAUUUUUAAAGUGGUUUGGCUGUCACGUGAUUAUUCAACUAGUCAA